AUGCCUCUACCCGUUAGUCUUUUCUUACCAAUACCAAUACAACCUUACUUCAAAUCAGAGCUUGGGCUUCCAUUUGCCAAUAUGAAAUCUGUCAGUCUUGUGGAGAAGAUGAAAUACAUGGACCAGAAAUCUAAUGGAGCAGGAAUGGGAUAUUAUGAAAAUUUGUGUAUGAGAGCUGUCAAUCAGUCGAUAGGCAAGAACUUUGAGAAAACAUUAAAG